UAGAAGCUAACGCUCGCCCCCUCGCCCCAGGCUAGUAGAAAUCCCUGGGGGCGAGUACAAUUUAAUUUUAAAUGGCGCUAGUCCCCCGGGCGAGUAAUACAGGGCAGUUGUGACCCAGAUUCACGAUGCGGACAGUCAAACUAUUUUGUCAUAAACUCUCUUUAACAGGUUUGGGCCAUCAAAAUUUCCACAUGGGCCGAUACACCUCUUCGCUUUCAAACACUCUCCGCUGACGUCUUACUGAAACAAACGCGAUGACAUUGUAUUGUGAGUCAUUACACGUUGGGAUUGGGAGGCGGGGAAAUCGUUAUUGUGACGCAAGUCUUCUAUGACGUCACGCAUUUGUGUUGGAUACGCGCUGUGCUACUCUGCCUGUACUGGGACAACGCGCGAUUCGGUUUGACGUACACGAGCUGCUAAUUUUCUAACAAAAUGAACAAAGGAAGCCCGAAGAUUAUUCAAGUUAUAAAUGAACUCAAUUUUAAAAUAGAUCACCAAACUAGUCAGACGAACUUUGAGAAGUGUUUUAAAACACACAAUUUCAACAAAGAAUACGACCUUAACAUCGUUUCGUGUGAGAUAAAACGAUUAAACAGUAAACAAGAUGGGCGUACAGAUUUCCAGAGAUGUAGGAAAGUGUUUUCUGAAACACAAAUCGGUAAAGAAAUGUGUUCAGCUUCACACGCUAACAAAAUAAAGUCAGUUGGAGAAACAAUUCGCGAAAUCGAAAGUAGAAAUCGCCAUGCUAUAAAAAGAAAGAUAGAAAAACAUUCUGAUGAAACCAGUUGCGAAGAUAAUUCUGAUGAACAAAACAAAAUAUGUUCAGCUUCAGACGUUAAUAAAAUAAAGUCUGUCGAAGAAAUAAUUCGCAAAAUCGAAAGUAAAAGUCGCCAAGCUAAACAAAAACGGAUAGGAAACCAUUCUGCUGAAAAAAAUAGCGAAGAGGAUUCUGAUGAACAAAACAAAAUGUAUACAGCCCCGGAAGUUAACAAAAUAAAGUCCGUUGAAGAAAUAAUUCGCGAAAUCGAAAGUAAAAGUCUCCUUGCUAGAAAAAGAAAGAUAGAAAAGCAUUCUGUUGAAAACAGUAGCGAAGUGGAUUCUGAUGAACAAAAUAACGAAGACGGCGUCAAAUCCAGCAAGCUGGAGAUCGCCAAGUGUCACACGGACGUGGGUGAACGGCCCAUUUCAAACAGUUUAAAACCGUCAUGUGGAAAACCCCUCGCGGUGUCGGGCGCUAAAAUAGAUGACGUCAGAGAUCCUGCGCCGACGCAGUCUUACAACAACUUGGUCAAGUUCUGGGAGAAGAGAAAUUACAUGCUGCUACCCAGCCGACUAUCUAGAAUCGCCAAACUGCAAGAGUCAGGUGAAGAUUGCAAUUCACCUGUACUGACAGAAGACUCGCAGAAGGAGGUUCUCAAACCGCACUCUAGUCCCCAAGAGAUCUCCAAACCAUACUCUAGUCUUCAAGAGAUCUCCAAACCAUGCUCGCCAACGACACAAAACUCCCAGCCACCAUCCUGCGAACAGAACGACUUUCGAUCCUGCGAUUCCGAGCAGAAUGUCAAAUCUGUAACGUUGCGGACAGACUCGCACCUGAACUUGUCACCUCCACCAGAAUCCACAUGUUGCCAGCAGGACGUCGAGUCAUGCGCAGUCGAGCAAAGAGACACGUGUUCUCCUCCUCCCUCGCCAGAGAACUCCCUGUCCUACUCAUCACCCGUGACUCCUGAGUUUAUCAAGUCGCAGACACCCGAGUCCAGUCCAGGCGAGAUACAGCGGAUGAAUACACCGGUUCAGAAUAGUGAGUCGUGUUGUUGCCAGGCGUCUCCCAAACCCCGGCUACGCUCGUCAACGAGGCGUCUCAUGGUGAGCGUGUGGUUGGGGGUCGGCUUUCUGUUAAUAGUCCUCCUGCAGUUUCUCUUAUUUACCGAUCGCAUUGAAAGAUCCCGUAAGACCAAACUCAAAGAGUGUUUUUAAAAAUCAUGAGCAGUUGGAAAAAAAUCUGAACGAAGAUUAUUAAUAGUGAAACUGCAAAAUGCACGUAUGUCUGUUUUAAGCAACCAAAAAAAAAAAAAAAAAAAAAAAAUUUUUUUUUUAAAAGGCGGGAAGUAGAGCGGUAUGGGUCACAGUAUCAGUUUGUGUUCCCUAUAUGGUAUAUCAAAGGACGUGGUGGUGUGUACUGUCUUGUUCGAAAAUGUGUAGUAGUAAGGAUAAACACCGGAGUUAAUGUUGUUGCUUUUGGGGGUUUUCCAACCAUCUACUUCCAUUUGUUUUGUUUUUGUUUGUUUAGUUUUUAUCUUUCCGUUUUCUUUAAAAUGACACUGUUCACUUGUAUAUAUAUAUAUAACGAUGGUACUUUUCAAUUCCAUCAAUAGAAUUUUAUUUUCCAUCAUUAAGAUUGGUUCAUUACAUGUAAAACAUAUACAUUUAACUAGUAUUUUAUUUUGGUGAAAAUUAUACCAGAUAUUAGUUAACAUUAAGUGACCAAGUGUCGGUAAAAAAUAAAUGUUUUACAAGUUUUUAUUAUUUAUUUGUUUGUGUUGAUAAAAAAAAAAAAUACAAAAUUACAAAAAAAUCCCAUUCCUUAUUGUAGGCAUGGGAUAAAAACCAAAUUUAAAUAAAUAUUGGGGUUUUUUUCCGUUGUUUCUUUACGUGUUAGCGUUUCUCAUAAAUUUAAUACACACACGUGUAGGACUACACAUAAUACUAAUACAUGCAUAAUGUUUUGAUAAACAAACGUGUAUACAUAUAUGCUUAUUGUAAUGUUCUUUGAUGUUUCUUUCUAUUGUUCUCACUUUUGAAAAGUUGAUGCCAUACAUAAUCAUAUAUAAAUAAAAAUCGUACAUUUUAUGUAUGCAUUUUUAAAAAUUCUCUUUAAGAGGUGUACAUUGGUAUUAACAUAAACUAUGAUAUUUUUGUUUUUUGCUUUUAACAUACGUUCGUGCGUAUACAAAGAAAAUUAUAUUGUUUUUGUUCACAAAGUUGGUACUAUAUAAAUUAAGCAAAACGUAUUUUCUUCUCGUUUGUAAUGUUUUUAUAAAGUUGAUAUUUAAAAUGCGAAUCAUGUUUGUUGGAUCAAUUGUUGGCGUACAGAAUUGUAUUGAUUGCGAAUACUAAACUGUAUAUUGUUUUCGUUAUAACGUUCAUAUUUGAUAUUGUUUUAACCGUAAACGUAGUUUCAAGACCAAUAUGGGGUCAUGACCUAUUUUCCUUGACCUUGGCCUUGGUGUGUGUUGAGAGAUACGAUGCAGGUAUGCGACCUUGGUGUUAGUCAUAGCCUGACCUUGGCGUUCAGGUGCGUGACCGACUUCCGCCAUAGCCUUGAGUUCAUAACCUAUUGGAUUGUGGUGUACUGAUUUAUAGACUAUUAUUUUAGCUGAUUUUCUGUAGCAUUCAUUACACUUAGUCCUGUCUAUUUAUAGGUGUUCUAGUGUUUUAGAGUGACGACCCAAAUAUAUAAUUUCACAUUUAACGUUCAACACAUCGCCAUACCGUUUUGACGUAACGUAUGUGUCUAUUUUUAUUCGUUUGAAUACAUUUGUCCGACAUUCAGUGUUUUUUAUUGUGAUGGGUGGUGUGUUUAACCCAUUCAUUCAAUCAUUCCGUUUAUUAAACAAAUAACAAAAUGGAUAAAUAAAAAACAUUAACAGCAGCUGUUCAUUCUUCUGCAUAGCACCUUCACGUUUAUGGAUAAUCAUGUUACGGCUGAUAGAUAGAUGCCCAUAGUGAUAGAGCCGCAAGUAGUUGGUCAAUCACUUGUCAAAUAAUGUUAAUGGGAAAGAGAAUUAAACCGGAGCGGCUCUUCACCAGUCGCCAUUGGUGUAUGCAAACUGGUGUGUUUCUGUGGUCUCUAUUUGACCGUAGUUUAAAAGACUGCUUAAUCAUACCAGUUCACGUACACUGAUCUGAAAAGCCACUCUGGUUUAAUUCUAUCUUUGAUAGGCAUUCUUUGUGAAGGGAUUAACCAAAUACUUGCGGCUGUACAAUGAACAGCUGUUGUUAAUGUGUUAAUAAACUUUGUGUUCUGGUUAAUAAGCGAAACGAUUUAAUGAAUGGGUUGACGACACCACCCAUCACAAUAAAAAAAAAGCAACCACUGAAUGUCGUACAAAUGUAUUCAAAGGAAUGAAAAUAGAUACACACGUUACGUCAAAACGGUAUGGCGAUGUGUUGAACGUUAAGUGUGAAAUUAUAUAUUUGGUCUGAGAUACUAGAACUGCUAUAAACAGACAAAACUAAGUGUAAAGAGUGCUACAGAAAAAUCAUACAGUCUAUAAAUCAGUAUAAAAUAAUCCAAUAGGUUAUAAACUGAAGGCUAUGGCGGAAGUCGGUAACGCACCUGGACGCUAUGAUUCACACCAAAGUCGUACGUACACCUGCACCAAGGUCAUUCAUUGUCUCCUAACACACACCAAGGUCAGGGUCACGGGAAGUAGGUCAUGACCCCAUACAGGCCUUGAUACUACUCAUGAUGUAGAAGAAAAAAAGUACUUGUUUAGGUAGUUGAUACCAGAAACAUGUGGAGAUAUUAAUGUGAAUAUCCUGUUGUUGUUAUUUUUUCACAACGUUGGUAUCAUGCAUGUUAAUAGAUAAAAUGGUAUUGUUUUGUAUUCAAUUAUUAUGAUAAUGUUUAUAACACACACUUUUAUUAUUUCGUGUAGAAAAUAAGAUAAUUUUGUUUUCUUCUAAAACCUUUUGCAUGUAUAUGCCAGUAUGUAUGUAUGGUUAUAAUUGUUGUUCUUGCUUUUUAUUUUAUAAAUAUUUUAUCAUAAAAAAGUCCUUAAAGAGAGUUUUUGUUUCAUAUCCUAAAUUUGGUACCAAACCUACUUGAAGAAUUUGUAUUGUUUAUUUAUAAGAUUGACAAAUGCCUUUUCUAAAAAAAAUGUUUUUAUUGUUUUAUUAUAUUUUAACAUGUAUGUUUUGUUUCGUAACGUCCCUAGUUACAUGUAUAUAUAGUAUAUAUUUGGGUUUGCGUGAGGAACGUUUUGAAUACGCAGCAUGCGUUUUAUUUUAACUUGUUUAUUGCUAUUGUUUCGUAGAGAUGAUACCAUGCAUAUAGAUUACGAGUACAAAGUAUAACAAUGCAUAUGUUUGAAUAAAAAUAGUACUGCAUGUGGUUAAAGGGGCAUUCUCACAGUGCAACGUUUAGUAACAGUUUGCUCCAUGCAAUUUAGAUAUAUUGUGAGAAAGUUGAAACAAAUUAUAUUUAUUCAUUUAAUUUUGGUAACAGGGCGAUACCAAGCCGAAAAUAAUUAAGGUUUAAUAAAAGAAAAAUAAGGUCGCAAUAAGACAAAAAAGCCAACAACCACAGACACAGUUAAACUAAAAAUGGCACCCAUGUUAGAUAUUGUGCUGUGUGUAUUAUGAAAUAAUUGAUAAGAUGCUACCUAAUCAACUAGGUUCUAGAAAUAUUAGAUGUAAUGUUUUGUCAAAAGCUAUUAAAUGGCCAUGUUGUUUUAA